CUACUAAGAAUUUUUGUAAACAAUAAUCUGAAACGGAGUUGGAAUUUGAUGCAAGUGUGGUUGUUAGGGUUGUGCGUAGGUAGGAUGUAUUAUACAUGAAAAUUGGAGAUUAAUUUUAAAUUAUAUUGUUUAUAAAUAUUUUGCAACUUAAAAGAAAUUCGCUUUAAUGGAGUGCACAAGUGAUCGAAUGCGUAAAUCUAUGGAAAAUGAACUUUGUUUAGAGAGUGUUAUAAAACAAGUUUAUGGUGGAGGUGGAAAUCAACCUUUAGGUGAACAUGGACAUAUAUUAUUGGAUAGCCUCAACCUGGAUAAUAUUGAUGAUUUCAUUGAUAAAGAAUUACGGAAAGCCUCUCAAGUCGCUGAAAUGUCAAUGCAUUUAAAUGAAAACAGAGGCAUUAUAGGACCAGAAAAAGUUAUAUUUGAUGUUUCUAGUAAUGUUGGUAGUUUAGUUAUUGAUCGUGAUAGACUUGGUCUAUCCAGUCAAAGCAAUUUUAGUUCUAUAAGAGGAAAUUGCUGUGUAUAUAAAGGGAAAUGGCAAUAUGAAUUGAUGCUUGGUUCAAAAGGAGUUAUGCAGAUUGGAUGGGCUACAAUUAACUGCAAGUUUUCACAAGAGAAAGGCGUUGGUGAUACACCUCAUUCAUAUGCUUAUGAUGGCCAUAGAAUUCGUAAAUGGAACGUAUCUACCUACAAAUAUGGAGAGUCUUGGCUGACAGGUGAUGUUAUUGGUUGUGCAAUAGACUUGGACAAAGGAGUGAUUGGAUUUUACCGGAAUGGAAAUUACCUUGGUGAUGCAUUUGAUAAAGUACAGAUUGGUCCAGGUCUGGCGUACUUUCCAGCUGUAAGUCUGGCAUACAAUGAAAAUCUAGUCGCUAAUUUUGGUUCAACUCCACUUAGGUAUCCUAUAACUGGAUAUUCUCCUCUUCAACUUUAUCCAAAGAAAGAUAUUGCACAAACAAAUAAAUUACUCAUGUGGCUUGAAAAAUUGUUAGAACUCUACAAUUCAGUAACUCAGGAACCUAACCCUGUAUUAGUUGUAAGAAACUGGCCACCACAAUAUAAGCAAGGACUGAAAUCUCAACUUUUAUUAGUUGCUGCACCACUUAUGCAUAGAUUAAGUCCACUUUUAGCCAAUGCCUUUCUUACAGAAGCAUGCCUACUUAGAUUUCUAUUUGACUUACAAGUUAAAGAUCAAAGAUCAAUGGAUUCUAAGUCUCGAAUAACUUCUGUUCUUGAAAUAAUGUGGUCGCUGAUGGAACCUUAUGAAUUACAUCAAUGUUUAGAAUUUAUAGUUGUAGCUCUUUUGACUGGAUAUCGCUUUGCACCAGCUACACCUGAAUUUUAUGAACAAAAGAAAUACUUAGCUUUAACAUUAGCACUUUUGCAGCAUACUCCAACUAAGCACUACCUUUUACAAAAUGUAUUAUUUGACAAGAUAAAGUUUCCAGUAUUUUUGGAAGUAAAGCCUUUGGACAAAAAUGGCUUAGCUGAAGUUGUACCCGAAGUUUGGCUCGAUUUCAAACAAGAAAUGACUGAUGAGGAACUCUUUAGGAAAGCUUGUUAUCAAAAAUCUUGUACCCACUUGAAAUUGGUAGUAAAGGAAGUGGAACUUGUUCAACUGGAGAUUUUAUUAGAGCUUUUUGAUGCAUCAAAUGUCUAUCAGGGCCAGUGUAGCAGAUGUAUAUUUUUGGCUAAGUUACGAGAAUUCUUGAAAGAAAAUUCAGGAGGAGCUCGUGUAAUUAUGGUUCCUGUAGUGCACUUAUGCCCAUUACCAGUAGCUUUAGCUUUCUUCCAUCGCCUGAUAUCUCUUCUUCGAAUAUGUGUUUCUGCAUCUGGUAUUGAUUUGAAUGGUUUAAGUGUUCCUUGCAGUUCAUUUUAUGAUAAUUCAAUUCAAUAUACAGAAGUGCAAAGGAUUGGAGGACUUCAGUCACAUCUUAUGAGAAUUUAUCAAGACAUAGUUCUCCAGGAAAUUAGUAAAGAAAAAGCUACUGCUGAAAAUGACCCCAUAGGAAAACUCCUAAAAUCUGAAAAAUCAAAAGCUCAACAUCUUCGACAUGCUGGUGAUAAAGAUAAUUUUGGAACUCUGAUUGAACUUCUGGAUGGCAUCAUUCGUCUUUAUCACAUUGCUGCUCAUCGGCAAUUAGAGAAGAUGUGUGCCCUUCGUGAUACUAUGCAUGAGUAUAGGCAUGCAUUAAAAGAAAUUGAAAAAAGGCUUAAAGUUCAAAAAGGUGAUGUAGAGGAAGAAUUAAAUCUUGCAAAAAAUGUUUUCCUUGAAGAACUGGUGGAACAAGGUCGACAUCAAGCCUGGAUAUCUUCAGUUGUAUAUUCUUCAGAUAGGCAAGCCGAUGUGUAUUGGCUACUGCAGAUUCUGCUUCGAACUUUAUCUCAGGCAUCAGAGACGGGACUUUUGUUUUCAUUUGUUCCUGACUUUUAUGUUGAAGCAUGCAUUAAAUGCUGCCAUGCUCUUCGUAACUUCUUUCCCCCAGCUGCUCCAGACAGUUUACCUGCUUUUGCUGGUCACCAUGAACUCCUUAUUAAAUAUGGAUCAUUUUUAGCUCACCACUUUUCAGAUGAGCGAGUUGUUAAUGCAGAACUGAAAGACAGUUUAGUUCAAGCAUUGGCAUCAUAUGUAUGUUAUCCUGCCACUCUCCAAGCACUGGAAAGCAUGGAUCCAGAUAGUCGUCUUAUAAUGACAAAAGCAUUGCUACAACCAUAUGAAAAUCGAGCAUGGGCCCAGUCAAACUGGAUAUUAAUUAGGUUAUGGAAGGGUUGUGGCUUUGCUUUUCGCUACUCGAUAUCACCACAUUUAGCAAAAAAGAUGAGUUGUAAAUCUAUUCCUUUACCAGAAGCUUUUCCAACUAUUUCCCAAACUCCUUGCCCAUCUCCUGUCUUUCUAGAACAUGCUAGUCAGUGGUUGUUAGAAAAUCCUGAAGCUGCUGCAUCAUUUAUGAGUAGUGUCUUAAAUCAGUUGAAUUGGGCAUUUUCUGAAUUUAUUGGAAUGCUUCAAGAGAUACAGAAUGCUUCCAAUAGACCAGAAAGAGUUUUCAUUGAUUCAAGGCAGUUGAAAAUUUGUGCAACUUGUUUUGAUUUAGCAUUAGGAUUGCUGCGAGUCUUAGAAAUGUGUGUACAUUUAGUUCCUCAAUUAUUCACUGAUCCAUCAAGACCAUCUUCUGAAAUAUUUUUAACAAGACUUUGUCAGUUAGUGUGCCAAGUUCUUAAUAGAAUUACUUCAAAAUCAGGAUGUUUCUGUUUAGUUGCUAGUAUGGAAAUUCCUGGUCUUGAAACUAUUGAUCAUUUUCCUAUUUUAACUGCUGUUACUGGAAUAUUAGUUUCUCUAAUAAUUGAUGGUUUGCCAAAAAGUCAAAAGAAAGCAAUCAAUGCUCUUCUUGCUGAGCCUAGUUUCCAACCUUCUUCCUUGGACUUUUUACUGGGUGGUUCACAAGAAUCAUCCAAUGGCAAGCCUUUUUCUUUGAGAGAUUACAAAGAAGUGAGCAAAGAAGAAAUCGAAAAAGUUGAGCAACUUUGUCAAUUAUUACAUUCAAAGUAUGACAUUGCGCAACAAAAUAGAGGAUUAGAAGAAAUUGAUGACGAUCUUGUUUGUACCAUAUGCUAUGCCAAUCCUAAGUCAGCUUGUUUUUAUCCAUGUCAACAUCAGUCCUGCAGGAACUGUAUAUCUCUUCAUUUAUUAAGUCAUAAAGAAUGCUUCUUUUGUAAAUCUGUGAUAGAAUUCAUCAAACCAACGCAACAGGAGAAAAAAUGAAGAAAGAUAACAAUAUCAGCUGGAAGUCAAGAUUUUUCAUUAUGGUGCAUUUUGUGUGUGAUAAUUGUGUGGCUUUUUUCUCCUGUUUUCCAUACAUCUACUUAAUUUUUAAAUUAUAAACUGGUCAUUGUAGGAAAAAUUUACUGUGCAAUGUUUUUCCAUAUUAGAAUUUUAUCAUUAAAUAUAUAAAGUGAUUAGUUGUUAUCAGAAUUUUAUCAUUUAAGUCAAACUUUGUGAGUUACUUAAAUUUUAAGAAGAAACUCUUAAGUUAUACUUUUCUUUGUAAGUACUGCUGUAAAUAAAAUUAAAAUAAUGCA